UAGCGUGCACGUUCACGGCUGCGUCGCGCGGCCACGUUGUUUUGCUGUCACGAGCCUUCCGACCGUGAGUGGAAGCUGGUAAAUUACAACGGACACCACACUGAGGUCAACACUUACGACAACAAAAACAGGCAGUACCGCAGAUUUCUAUCGUUCCGUGGCAAGUUAAAACCUGCCGAGUUAUUCGGGUCAGCUGUUUUUGCUGUUUUUGAAUGAUAUAGCUAGCCAGCUAGCUGUUGAACUAGCUUAACGGUCCUCGCGAGUCGAAUAAACUUAACAUCAUUUUUCAGUCGAUAUUCAUACCAACACGCCUGUCUGCUUUCAUCUCCAAGACCUCCAACUAGUAGACAUUUUUAAGCUCAACGGCUUGUUCUUCUUGGUGUUGCGCGUCACUUCUAGCCCGAGCGAGGUAAGGUUUGAAUGAAAUAACGUUAGCUUGUCAGAGCUAGCGGAAACAAGCCAGCUAACAAGGAAAGCGUUAACCUGUCUUGCUGCUGAACUUUUCCUCUCCGUCCAGUGAAUCUAGCAAAUGCUACUUGGACUAGCCACCGUCAAACAUACAGUCUGUAGUUGGACAAGUGUUAUUUGCCGAAUUGUGAGGAGCGACUGGACGUGCAAAUUAGUUAGCUCUUUCUGAACGUUAAGUUGGCCAUCUUCCACUCCAGUCCAGCGUAAAAGGCUGCCCAGCAUCGGCUUGUUUUUCCAGAGAAGGCCGGAGUGAGGAAAGGAAUCUGCAAAAAUGCCGGCUGUGUCGAAGGGAGAUGGAAUGCGCGGAUUAGCCGUUUUCAUCUCGGACAUUAGAAACUGUAAGAGCAAGGAGGCUGAAAUCAAACGGAUAAAUAAGGAGCUUGCCAACAUCCGCUCGAAGUUCAAAGGUGACAAGGCUCUGGAUGGUUACAGUAAGAAGAAAUAUGUCUGCAAGCUGCUCUUCAUCUUCCUGCUGGGCCAUGAUAUUGAUUUUGGACACAUGGAGGCAGUCAAUUUACUUAGCUCCAACAAGUACACAGAGAAACAGAUCGGCUAUCUGUUUAUCUCAGUGCUGGUGAACAGCAACAGUGAGCUGAUUCGUUUAAUCAAUAACGCCAUCAAGAAUGACCUGUCCAGCCGUAAUCCAACCUUCAUGUGCCUGGCACUUCACUGCAUCGCCAACGUGGGCAGCCGGGAGAUGGCUGAGGCCUUUGCCAGUGAGAUCCCUCGCAUCUUGGUGGCUGGGGACACGAUGGACAGCGUUAAGCAAUCAGCUGCCUUGUGUUUGCUACGCCUCUAUAAGACAUCUCCUGACUUGGUGUUGAUGGGUGAAUGGACAUCACGUGUGGUGCACCUACUUAACGACCAACACAUGGGUGUUGUGACAGCAGCAAUCUCUCUCAUCACCUGUUUGAGCCAGAAGAAUCCAGAUGAGUUCAAGACAUGCGUUUCUUUGGCUGUGUCCCGACUCAGCCGGAUUGUGUCAUCAGCCUCAACUGAUCUGCAGGAUUAUACCUAUUAUUUUGUACCUGCCCCAUGGCUGUCCUGCAAACUGCUGCGAUUGCUGCAGUGUUACCCUCCACCAGAAGAUGGUGCAGUCAAAGGCCGUCUGGUAGAGUGUCUGGAGACUAUCCUGAAUAAAGCUCAGGAGCCGCCCAAAUCUAAGAAGGUGCAGCAUUCCAAUGCCAAGAACGCCAUCUUGUUUGAGGCUAUAUCACUUAUCAUCCACUAUGACAGUGAGCCAAACCUUCUGGUGCGAGCCUGCAACCAACUUGGCCAGUUCCUGCAACACAGAGAGACCAAUCUACGUUACCUAGCUCUGGAAAGCAUGUGUACUCUGGCCAGCUCAGAGUUCUCCCACGAAGCUGUCAAGACUCACAUCGAGACCGUUAUCAAUGCACUCAAGACUGAAAGAGAUGUAAGUGUUCGACAGCGGGCGGCUGAUCUGCUUUAUGCUAUGUGUGAUCGCAGCAAUGCUAAGCAGAUUGUAGCGGAGAUGCUGAGCUACCUGGAGACAGCGGACUAUUCCAUCAGAGAAGAGAUGGUGCUGAAAGUAGCCAUCCUUGCAGAGAAGUACGCUGUGGAUUACUCCUGGUAUGUAGACACAAUUCUUAACCUCAUCCGCAUUGCUGGGGACUAUGUCAGCGAAGAGGUUUGGUACCGGGUCAUUCAGAUCGUGAUCAACCGAGAUGAUGUGCAAGGCUACGCUGCCAAGACAGUCUUUGAGGCCCUGCAAGCCCCGGCAUGCCAUGAGAACAUGGUGAAGGUUGGAGGGUACAUUCUGGGAGAAUUUGGGAAUCUGAUUGCUGGGGACCCCCGGUCCAGUCCCCUGGUCCAGUUCAACCUUCUCCACUCUAAGUUCCAUUUGUGCUCUGUGCCGACCCGUGCCCUCCUUCUGUCGGCUUACAUCAAGUUUAUUAACCUGUUCCCAGAAACAAAGGCCACUAUCCAAGAGGUGUUGCGCUGCGAUAGCCAGAUCCGCAACUCGGAUGUUGAACUGCAGCAGCGAGCUGUGGAGUAUUUGAAGCUCUCUUCUAUUGCCAGCACUGAUGUCCUGGCCACUGUUUUGGAAGAGAUGCCUCCAUUCCCUGAAAGGGAGUCAUCAAUUCUCGCUAAGCUAAAGAAGAAGAAGGGGCCGGGGGCAGUUUCUGUCACUGAGCUAGAAGACAGCAAAAGAGAGAGCGGCGAGUUGAACGGAGCAGGAGAACGGGGUCCGGACCCAUCAGUCAUGGCUGCCUCUAACGCAUCUACCCCAUCUCCAUCAGCCGACUUGCUGGGGAUUCGUUCUGCAGCUCCAGUUAGCAACGCUCCAGCCAGCGCAGGCAGUCUACUGGUGGAUGUUUUUUCAGAGGCGGGACCCGCUGCAUCUUCUGGCGCAGUGAACGAUGACGGCUUCCUCAGCUCUGCUCCUCCCUCUGAGGAUCCUGCUCCUCCUUUAUCUGAAGCAGAGGAGCUUCUUAACAAGUUUGUCUGCAAGAACAAUGGGGUUCUGUUUGAAAAUCAGCUUCUGCAGAUUGGCAUAAAGUCAGAGUACAGACAGAACCUAGGGAGAAUGUACUUGUUCUAUGGUAACAAGACAUCAGUACAGUUCGCCAGCUUUACCACCACAGUGAGCUGUCCCGGAGAGCUUCAGUCUCAGCUCAAUGUUCAGAGCAAACCAGUGGAACCUCUAGUGGAGGGUGGAGCACAAAUCCAGCAGGUCCUGAACAUCGAGUGCCUGACAGACUUCUCCGAUGCUCCACUUCUCAACAUCAAGUUCAGAUAUGGAGGAGCUCUGCAGAACCUGACUCUCAAACUGCCGGUCACCAUCAAUAAGUUCUUCCAGCCGACUGAGAUGGCCUCUCAAGACUUCUUCCAGCGCUGGAAACAGCUCAGCCAGCCUCAACAAGAAGCACAAAAGAUAUUCAAGGCCAACCACAGCAUGGAUACCGAAGUAAUCAAAGCAAAGCUGCUGGGGUUAGGAAUGGCCCUACUGGACAACGUUGAUCCCAACCCUGAGAACUAUGUUUGUGCUGGAGUCAUCCAGACCAAGAGCCAGCAGGUCGGCUGUCUGCUAAGACUGGAGCCAAACGCUCAGGCUCAGAUGUAUCGCCUGACUCUGCGCUGCAGCAAAGACUCCGUGUCCAAGCGUCUCUGUGAGCUGCUGGCCCAGCAGUUCUAGAGUCCAGGUCCUGACCAGUACUCCCACCAUCCCCCAUCCCACCAGCGACCUCUCUCUACAGCACCCCUCCCACACCUGUCCUCCUGCCUCCAGCAAAGAGUCUUUAAGUUGGGAGGAUAAAAAAUGGUGUAACCUACAUAAGGGAAAGUGCUGUCGCUGCCUGCAGCAAUAUUAUUGUCAUUAUCUUUGUCCCAGAUUCUGAUUCCAGUUCAUCUUUUACUUGUUUAUUAACAUGAUGCUACAAUCUAGUUUUUGUUGGUUUACCUGUGUAGCUGGUGUGUGUAUGGCCAGGAGUGUGAAAGACAGUGUUUGUGUGUCUUGUGGCUGGGGUCUCAUUCUGCUCAUCCUGACUGCUUUGGAAAAGAUAUGUGCAACAUUCCUUGAAGACAAGAAGGAGAAGCUAUUAAUGGCGCACCCAUACACUACUACUCCCAACCCGCACACACUAUUCCCUGUGGUCAAAGCUGCGAAAGAAAAAUCGAGCAUUCCUGCCAAAA